AUGCCCACAUCAUUGGAGAUCGUCAGCUUGUCUGGCAUCUCUAACACAGCAGCUACAGGGACAUCAGCCGCUUUAGGCUUCGGAAGGACCUCAACCACCCCAGGCUUCAGAGAUACGCCAACGAUCUUUCGUUUCUCCGAAUGUGGUUUCUUCAUUGGAGUUUUGCCUUAUAUGCCACUGAAGUUCGGCAUCAUCACGGUCGUCAGUGAAGAGGAUGAGGACGUAGAGAGUUUUGUUCAGAUCGAUGACAAGGAAAUCCACUCAGGAGAAAAGUCAAAAGUACCUCGGAGAGGCUUUAUGAAGAAGUAUUUGGCCUGCCACUUAGGAUUUCUAGAGGGCAGAUUGUCAAGGAAAGCUGGCUUAGCUCUAAAAGAUCAGACCUCAAAAGGAAAAUCAAACCAGCAUAUACUUGGUCUGCAGAAAAGACGUAAAAGCCCUCGAGUGGCUUGGGAAAUGAAUCCCCAGCCCUGGGAAGCCGAAGCUCCCAAGAAGCUUCCCAGGAUUAGGGAUACUCGCCUGAAUAUUAGGGGAAAGUAUGGCCUGAGCGACUUUGGCGAUGGUCAACUCGGUACCGACCAACCUGGUGAAAUACGACUUGGGGGUAUCGACCUCCAGCAGCCCGACGAUACAGUCGACCUCGAGGCCAUAGCAGACAGGUUAAUAGGUCGGGGUUACGACGUAAGGAUCUAUGGGCUGAACAGUAAAGGGAGAAAGAAUCUUAGUAUAAAGGAAAGAAUCACUUGCUCAAGGACUCUUGCCCAGAUAGAGAUGUGCCGGGACCCCCUUUCGGCAUAUUGCAGGUCAUUGGAACUCAAAGACGAAGGUCGUUCAAGGCGUAGGCGUCCAAAUCAGUUCGUGACAAAAAGUGGCGCAACACACUACAUCACUAUAGUGGUGAAGGACUACUAUGUUCCUAAACGAUCUGAGAUUCGAGGUGCUACCAUGCCCUCGACUCAGGCCUAUAACUCUCGCAAUUGGGCUACUAAUCUCUCGAUGGUAGUAUCCCGAGUUGUCCUAGAUAUAGUAAUAUAUCGAGAGCUUUUUGUCGCUGUCUCUGGAAUUCGAUGCCAUAGCCAAAACCAUAAAGUCCUUUUUCUCAGUGGGGCUCCUGAGGAGACGAGCUUCUCAGCCAUGGAGUUUCAAACUGCUAUCACUGCAGUCCUUUCAAUAUCCAGUCUUGCUCCACCACCAUGGCCACCACAUGUUAGAGUUGCCAGCAGCAGACAACCAUCUCCAGAGGCUACUGGCUGGAAUAUCCCGGAUGAGAGCACCAGUUGCCACAAAUGGGGGAUACCACCUGCUCAAUUUUUUGGCAGCGGCGACAGCGUCGCUGGAGCUGCAUCAGCUUUUAGACCAGAACUAGAUUUUUGCAGCAUACUACCAAAUGAACUUCCACCGGCUGUUCCUACCUCGAAAAGUCGAGCGCUUCCUGAUGAAUAUGGAAUCAAGAUUUUCAAGACCGGACAUCAAGAAAGACUAGCUGAGACCGACUCCAAGACUGAGGUGGCUUCUGUGAGUCCAAAGGGAAGCUUUUGGAGCGUGAAUGGGAGGGAGAGGCCCCAAGACGGCAGGUAUUAUGCGGAUGAUUUUAGAAUUUGUGUGUUUCAUGCUUGGAAAAUGAAUAACUUGUUGCUCGGCUUUGUUUUUCAAGGCAUUUGGAGCGAAAUGGGAGGAAGAGGCCCUAGGGAGCCGCAUAUGGGUUUACUGAUCAAGGAGAUGGCGUUAGAUGUCAGAAACGCGACUGUUUAUGCAAAUUGGUACGACGACAUCAUGAAUGACAUAGGCAGCGACUUUGAUUUCUAG